CGCACUAUGCAUACAAAACAAAUGAGACACGGAAGUUCUUCUCAGCUCUCCAAGCAGCGCGUCCUGCGUAAGAAGGGCAUCUUUAGGCCAAAAUGAUCAGCAAAGUGAUCGGUCAGAAGUAUGCAGCCAUCGUCAAAUCAUGGGUCCCUACUCUGGCCAUAUGGGUGGCAAAUUUAAGAAGGAUGAAUAGUGGCUGUCAGUCUACAAUCACGAGCAAACAAGACAAGACAAUCGGGAUCAUGGACAGAAAAAGUCUUCCUGUCAAGCGUAUUCUCAACAAGCCACAGCUAUUCCGCAGUGACCCUCGCACUGAUGUACACGCCAGCCACUCCCGGACUGGAUACCCACUCCAGAUCAAAGCGCAGCGCAGCAGACACAAGCCUUUCUACGACACCAACCAUCAGAUCAGGGCCAAGCCUGACUUAAACACAACACUACCAGUUCGACAGACGGCUUCCAUCUUCAAGCAGCCAGUGACCAAGGUAACAAAUCACCCCAACAACAAGGUGAAGACGGACCCUCAGAAGGCAGUAGACCAGCCAAAACAACUGUUCUGGGAGAGAAAGUUGAGCGGGAUAAACGCAUUCGAUAUAGCAGAGGAGCUGGUGAAGACUAUGGAUCUACCCAAAGGCUUACAGGGUUACAGCGUUGGGCCUGUGUGUUCAGACAAAACGUUGCUGUCUGCCAUCGCCAGCGCCCUUCACACCAGCCCAGCGCCCAUCACCGGGCAGCUCACUGCUGCGGUGGAGAAGAAUCCUGGAGUUUGGCUCAACACGACGCAGCCGCUGUGCAAAGCCUUCGUGGUGACUGAUGAUGACAUCAGGAAGCAGGAGGACCUGGUUCAGAAUGUGAGGAGACGGCUGGAGGAGGCCCUGAUGGCUGAUUCGCAGGCUCAUAUAGAGGACGCCGCUGCAGAUGCAGCCCCCGACAAAGAAGAGGAGAAAGUUGAAAGGGUGGACAAGGAGGAAUCAUAGCUCAGGUCCACAGAAAGUCGGCAUCGACUUUAACUUGUUCAUUUUAACUCUGUGUGGCACGGUUCAGUGUGAUGCGCGUCUCUUGUCGUUUGUCCCACAGGUUGGCUGGACACAAAGGUCACUGGUAAAGUCCGUCAGAUAUUCCAAUACAUUUGUAUACACUUAAAAUAAACAGACUUUAAAUGCAGAGCUUGAGCUGCAGAUUUUUGCUAACCUAAACAGAAGACUUUUGUCUUUCGUGUUCUAUUUUUUUACACGUGGCGGUGUAGCCCUGAAAGGGUGCUUCGAUAUUGUUUUCAUUUUACCUCUUACUAAUGUACGGCAGCUUUGGAUGGUGCUCAAUACGGUGCAGUGUUACAUUUAGCCGACGAAGGUGGAGAUGCAAACAUUACGUAUGUGAAUGUCCUGAGCGUGUGUGUUUUUUACCUGUUCUCUAAGAACUUUUUGCUUUAUAUUUUACCAACACUGUAGGUAGUGUGUCACACGGUGUGUUUGGAAGCUAAGAAAGCUGCAGUAUUUUUGUACACGCACAGCACUCCUGUCACUCUGCAUAACCAAACAUUUCAAAGUUUUACAUUCAUAUUCCUUGUAAUGUUUUUUUGUCCCCUCACAAUAACCUGAGUUUACAGUUUGAGUUGUGAAGUUUUGUGUUGUAAAAAGAAUUGUGAUUUUUUUUUUUUUUCCGCCAGCUGCAUUAGAUUUUGGACAGUUACAGUUAAGAUAGGACAAUUACACACCAUGCCAAGAUUUUCUCUGUCACUUUAACUGUCAAAUAAAUGCAGUACUUUACGGUUUGUGGUGAAGAGUG